CGAGAAUUUGCUUGAGUCAGACUCGUGCUACGUUGUGCAGUUUUUCUGUUUGUUGAAAAAGUGUUUAGCUUCUACAUGAAAUCUUUUUCGAACAUUAUUGCUUGUUACAACUACCCUGAGUAGCAUCACGGCGACCUUCGUGUCGCAUAGACAGCACAAAUAUAUCACAUUCACACUCCAUCUGCCUGGUGCUCUUCGAAGAAACCAACCUACAGUAAGGUAGUUGCACUCGCAAUAUGGGGAACGCAAUUUCUUCGGGCUGUAACCGGCGGCCCGCCACCCGAAUCUUGCGUCCUGGAACGCUUGAUCCAGAUCCAGACAGUAAAGCUUCGAAGAGCAAUGCGCUUUUCGUCCUAGAAGUUCUUGAUCGCCACCCGGUAGCACUGCGGAACGACGGGACCUACGUGCUUCUGCUCGAAAAAUAUGACCAACGCUACAAAGAGUGGUGGGCAAACGGGGAGAUUGCGACACUCCUACACGAUAGAAGGAAGACCUACGAGGCCGAAAAACGUUCUUGGCCGCCUGAUGUAGGGCGCCGCACUUUCGCCGAGUUCCUUACUCUUCUCCGUUGCCAGGCGCUGGCGCACCGCUCGCCUGCCGCCAGUCAGGAAGCCGCCGACUUUGCCGGGGUGGCAUUUCAAGACCUCCGCUCCAGGCACCAGGGACCGGAACUUGCAGCCGUAGGACUUGUGUUGCAAGCCUAUCCCGCCCUACCGAAGCACCUCCAGGAGGUCCUCGCUGAGCGAGAAUUUUGGGCCCACCACGGCGCCAAUUUUUUCCACUACGCGGCCUUGCUCGGGCGCGCAGACGUCUUCAGCUGGGUCAUUAAGGGGCAAUGGCGUAUGGACGAGUUUGCGCAGGAUGAAAUCGGACGCUGCCAGAUGUUGCGAGAGCGGGACAGAUCCGCCAUUGCUGACAGCAACGCAAAGCUGCUUGCGAGAUUAGCACAAGAUCUCGGUGGCGGAGCUGCGGAUUUUUUGCGGGGCGAGCCUCUCCUUAAUGUCGGCAGAACCCCGCGGGACUGGGUCGAAUUGCGGGCGCGUUGUAUAGGCGCGGGGGAUCCUGGUGCGCGCGAUUCUUGCGCAGAGAUUCUACAGAUGAUUACGCAAGCCGAGAGCGAGGCAGCGACGGUCGACGCGGGGCCGCUGACUGCGAGCGUUGAUCAUUCUAUUCCACAAAACUAAGCGAGUAAUGGUUAUCGAAAAUGUUAUGAUGCCACGGCAUUCUCAAGUACUCCAAGAGUACGACAUACACUUACACACAGGCGCUUUUUCUUUUUUCUCGGAAACGAACGUGCAAAAAAUGUUUGAUUCAAUCCAGUGAGAAGAUACUCGUUCCAUGCAUUAGCGCCGAUUCUCUUUCCACACUCCGAAUUAGAGUCUUUAUUUUCGGAGGCGUUAUACUUGUCUCAUCAAUCUAUUCCACAACAAGAAGCGACACUCAAUCAAUCCACCUUUAUCAUGUUCAGGCAUGAAGCUGAAAUAAAUUCCAAAAACGUAAGCGUAAGGUCACAUAAUAUGUACGUACGAACUCAUUCCACUCUAUUCCAAAUAUCAAAACAGAAUGACGCACUAGAAGUAGAA